ACUCGGAUAAAAUAGCCCACAUUCACAGGUAACAGUGAAAUUAGGCAGUUAUUAACGGUCUUUAGCUCGUUUAACGAUGGGACGAGCUGAUCGACAGUUUUGAAAUUCAACGGAAGGCAGACUGAUGUGUUUACUCAUCUGUGAGGAGAAAUAUGCUGUUUGUUUUGUUUUUCGUCCCGCUACUUCUGGAUGGUGUGUUUAGUUUUAUGGAUGUAAUUACAUCAGUGCCAGUGAAAGAAGGAGAUUCUGUCACUUUAUACGCCGAUGCUACAGAAAUUCAGAAAGCUGAUCUGAUAUUGUGGACGUUUGGACCUGACGGCACCCGAAUAGCUCAGUUCAACAGAAUGGCCAAUAAAAUCUCACUGUAUGAAGAGAUUCUCGAUGGGAGAUUCAGAGACCGACUGAAACUGGACAGUAAAACAGGAUCUCUGACUAUAAGAAACACUACAGUCACAGACUCUGGACUUUACAAACUGGAGCUCAUUGGCGGAAAAGAGGUCCCACCCAAGAAAUUCAAUAUUAUUGUUUCUGCUCCUCUGUCAAUUCCUGCUAUUAUUAGAGACUCUUCAUCCUCAUCUUCAUCAGUGCAGUAUUGUUCAGUGGUGUGUUCAGUGGUGAAUGUGAGCGCUGUGAGUCUCUCCUGGUACAAAGGAAACAGUUUAUUGUCCAGCAUCGGUGUGUCUGAUCUCAGCAUCAGCAUCUCCUUACCUCUGGAGGUGGAAUAUCAGGAUAAAAACACCUACCGCUGUGUGAUCAACAACACCAUCAGCAACCAGACCACACAUCUAGACAAAAACACACUCUGCCAACCAUUUAAUGGUUGGUCCCCAAAUCAUAUAGCAUUGGUUUGUGUUUGCGUUGUGGCUGCAGUUUUGUGCGGAUUUUACUUUUACCAUCUACACAGAAUGUCUAAACGAGGCAAUAAAACAUCUAAUAAGAACAGAGAAAAUGGCACAGUUCCUUUGUUACUUGUGGAGGCAGACGGCAGGUGCACGUCUGGUCAAGAGGAAGAUGUAGAAAAUAGUGCGUUUGUGAAGGAAGAUAAAAUCACGCUGAUGCCAGUGAUUGAGGGAGAAACUGUAACACUACAAUCCAAUGCUACUGAAAUGAGGGAAAUCGAUCUGAUAUUGUGGAGUUUUGCCUAUUUCAAAGGAUGCAGUAGUGCUAACUUUGCUACCAUAGCUACUCUGAAUAAAAUUAACUCAAAUGAAUCCAUUAAGCAGUUCAAAGACAGUCUGAAACUGGACCACACGACUGGAUCUCUGACCAUCACAAAAAUGACAGCCAAACACUAUGGAUUUUAUAAACUGCAGAUCAUCAGACGAGGACAGAUGGACAUUCAUACGUUCAGUGUUUUUGCUCAUGUUCCAGUGAAAAAAGAGCGGAGACUAUGCAGUAUAUAAACACUGAAAUAUUUUUAACAAGUAAAUAAUCGCAAUAACAAAAACACGCCAUUCACGAAGUGUUACAAGUCUUAAAAAAAGUGUGUAUAAAUAUGUAAAUAUAAAAACUUUCUUAAUUUUCCUGCUUUUAAUAAAAUAACUAGGGUUAGAGAAAUAUUAACUGACUCGAACCAAAACAAAAUGUUUUAGAGAUUGUUAAAUCAGGGCGACACGGUGGCUCAGUGGUUAACACUAUCGCCUCACAGCAAGAAGGUUGCUGGUUCGAGUCCCGGCUGGGCCAGUAAGCAUUUCUGUGUGGAGUUUGCAUGCUCUCCCCGUGUUGGUGUGGGUUUCAUCUGGGUGCCCUAGUUCCCCCCACAGUCCAAAGACAUGCGCUAUAGGUGAAUUGCCAUAGUGUGUGAAUGAGUAUGGAUGUUUCCCAGUAGGCUACUGGGUUGCAGCUGGAAGGGCAUCCACUGUGUAAAACACUUGCUGGAUAAAUUGGUGGUUCAUUCUCCUGUGGCGACCCCUCAUGAAUAAAGGGGAGUAAGCCGAAGGAAAAUAAUAAAAAUGAAUGUUAGAUCUACCUCAUGA